GAACUCUUUGGCGGGGCGGCACGUGCGUGGCAGCAGUCAUGGUGUCUCCUCGGGCCGGCGUGAAUAGGCUGGGCUCCGCGCUGCCCUUGCUGUUGGUGCUCUGGGAUCUACACUACGAGGGAGCAGAAUGCGGAAUAAAUGCAGAAGUGGAAAAGCAGCUCGAAAUGGGAAAGAAGCUGUUAGCCGCUGGGCAGCUGGCAGAUGCUUUGUCUCACUUCCAUGCCGCGAUAGAAGGGGACUCUGAUAACUACUUUGCCUAUUACAGAAGAGCCACAGUAUAUUUAGCCCUGGGCAAAUCUAAAGCUGCCAUUCGUGACUUAAGCAGGGUGGUUGAGUUAAAGCAGGAUUUCACAUCGGCAAGGCUACAAAGAGGACAGCUGCUUCUUAAGCAGGGCAAGUUUGAUGAAGCAGCAGAGGAUUUUAGAAAAGUGCUCCAGUCUAAUCCUAGUGAUAAGGAAGAAACAGAUGCUCGCUCCCAGCUGCUGAAGUCUGAUGAGAUGCAGCUCCUGUGUUCUCAAGCACAGUCUGCGUAUCACCAGGGGAAUUACUAUACCUCUAUCGGCUUCUUGGAUGAGAUUCUGGAUGUUUCUGUUUGGGCUGCAGAACUGCGUGAGCUUCGAGCAGAAUGCUACAUCAAGGAAGGAGAACCCGAGAAGGCCAUCAGUGAUUUAAAAGCUUCCUCCAAACUGAAGAGUGAUAAUACAGAAGCAUUCUAUAAGCUCAGCACUAUAUACUACCAGCUAGGGGACCAUGAGCUGUCUCUGAGUGAAGUUCGUGAGUGCCUGAAGCUCGACCAAGACCACAAGGAAUGCUUCUCUCAUUAUAAGCAAGUGAAGAAGCUAAACAAGCAGAUUAUGUCGGCAGAAGAACUAAUCCAAGAAGACAGGUACGAGGAUGCCAUUGAUAAAUACAAGACAGUGAUGAAAACGGAGCCCAACGUUCCUGCUUAUACCACACGUGCCAAAGAGAGAAUCUGCCACUGCCUCUCCAAGGACCAGCAGUCAGCGGAAGCCAUCAAGCUCUGCACUGAAGUUCUGCAACUGGAACGAGACAACGUGAACGUCCUCAAAGCCAGAGCUGAAGCAUAUUUGUUGGAAGAGCAGUACGAGGAAGCUAUUCGGGACUUCGAAGCGGCAAAAGAGCACAACGACAAUGAUCAAGAGAUCCUGGAAGGCCUGGAGAGAGCCCAGAGGAUGCUGAAGCAGUCUCAGAAGAGAGAUUACUACAAAAUCUUAGGCGUGAAAAGGAACGCCAGGAAACAAGAAAUUGUAAAAGCGUAUAGAAAGCUAGCAAUGCAGUGGCACCCAGAUAACUUCCAGGAUGAAGAAGAGAAGAAGAAAGCGGAGAAAAAAUUCAUUGACAUAGCAGCGGCCAAAGAAGUCCUCACUGAUCCAGAAAUGCGGCGGAAGUUUGACGCAGGAGAAGACCCCCUGGACGCGGAAAGCCAGCAAGGCGGAGGAAACCCUUUCCACAGAGGAUGGAAUUCCUGGCAGGGGUUUGACCCCUUCAGUUCUGGAGGACCUUUUAAAUUUAAGUUCCACUUCAGUUAGAAAACUUCCCUCUCUCCCUUCCCGCUUUGCUUCUAUGAGUUUGAUUUUAUU